UCAAACUUAUAUCUUGCUGGCAUUAUGGAAAAAGAAGACUCAACUGUGAAAAGUGUAGUGAAUUCUCCAACCGUCGAAAAGGUGGAGGAAGAACUUCUUGUUCAGGAGGAAGAUCGAGAGGAACCAUUAAAGGAGAGGCGGGAUAAUCCUAAAUUUGGCCAUGAUAAUCUGCAAGAUGAAUCAGGUGAUAAGAUGGAUGAGGGUAUGAAUUUUCAGGUUAAAGCUCAAGAACAAAAGUUGGAUGAUGAUAUUGGCCAAGUUGACUCUGUUCUCAAGAUGAAUGACAGCAGGGAUUUAGGUGACAAGAUGAAUAAGAAUAGGGAUUUGGAGUCUAAAGCUCAAGAGGAUGAUAUGGACCAAAAUAUGGAGGGGGUGUUUGGUGAGGAGAAUGAAGAGGAGCCUGUCUUUGAUGGAACGGAGGGUGUAGUAGAGAAAGCAGUGGCACUCACAAACUUUGUUAAGGAGAAGGGUGCAGUUGCAGUUUCUAGCGUUCUACGUCGCCUUUCUGGGAAAAAAGAUGAAGAUGGACAGGAUUUUCCUGGUGAUGAAAGUAAGGACGUACCUGAUUCCUCUGAAAAUAGUGAUGUGAAAGAAGGCCCUCAGAAAACAACAGAGAGGUCUGUGUGGAAUCCUUUAAGCUAUAUUAUGAUGUCACACAAUGCCGAUGCAGAUAACAAUGCUGAGCAGAGGGAGGAAGUCAGCAAAGGAUCAACACAACCUAUAGCCAUGAAAGGAAGAGUUAUUCUGUACACAAGGUUAGGAUGCCUGGAUUGCAAAGAGGCUAGGUUAUUUUUGUUCUGGAAAAGGCUCAGAUACGUUGAAAUAAACAUAGAUAUCUACCCCAGUAGAAAGCUGGAACUGGAGAAGAUUUCUGGGUCUUCUGCUGUUCCCAAGGUGUUCUUCAAUGAAAUCCUUAUUGGAGGGGUGAGUGAGCUAAAGGCCUUGAAUGAAUCUGGAAAGCUUGAUGAAAAGAUUGAUUAUCUGAUAAAUGAAGCACCAUCAUUUGAAGCUCCUUUGCCGCCUCUUUCUGGUGAAGAUGACCUCUCAAGUAGUGGGGCUUUUGAUGAACUGGCUCUACUUGUCCGAAAAAUGAAAGAAGUUAUUAUUGUUAAGGACCGAUUUUAUAAAAUGCGAAGGUUCACUAACUGUUUUAUAGGUUCAGAAGCUGUGGAUUUCUUAUCAGAGGAUCAGUAUUUGGAAAGGGAAGAGGCUAUUGAAUUUGGACGAAAGCUUGCUAGCACAUUCUUUUUUCAACACGUUCUUGAAGAGAAUCUGUUUGAAGAUGGUAACCACUUGUAUCGCUUCUUGGAUGAUGAUCCUAUUGUGUCAUCUCAAUGUCAUAACAUCCCUCGGGGUAUAACUGAUGUGAAACCAAAGCCUAUCCUGGACAUUGCAUCUAGGCUGAGAUUUUUGUUCUAUGGAAUUCUUGAAGCCUACACGUCAGAAGAUGGAAAGCACGUGGAUUACAGAAGUAUUCAUGGAAGUGAAGAAUUUGCAAGGUACUUGAGAAUAGUUCAGGAGCUUCAAAGAGUGGAAGUCCAAGAUAUGCCAAGGGAAGAGAAGCUUGCCUUCUUUAUAAAUCUCUAUAAUAUGAUGGCCAUCCAUGCGAUUUUGGUUUUGGGUCAUCCAGCUGGGCCACUGGAACGGAGAAAGUUGUUUGGAGACUUUAAGUAUGUUAUUGGUGGGUCCACCUUCUCACUAUCAGCUAUUCAAAAUGGUAUUUUAAGGGGCAACCAGCGACCACCAUUCAAUCUCAUGAAGCCAUUUGGUGCAAAAGAUAAACGUUCCAAGGUAGCUCUUCCUUAUCCGGAGCCUCUUGUACACUUUGCACUGGUUUGUGGCACCCAGUCUGGGCCUGCACUACAAUGCUAUUCUCCAGGGAAUAUUGAUAAAGAGUUAAUGGACGCAGCCCGUAAUUUUUUAAGAAAUGGAGGAAUCAUUGUUGAUAUGAAUGCCAAGGUUGCAUCAGCCAGUAAGAUCCUUAAAUGGUUUAAUGUAGAUUUUGGCAAGAGUGAGGUAGAGGUACUAAAGCAUGCAUCAAACUACUUAGAGCCUGCUGACUCAGAAGCAUUACUGGAUUUGCUUGCCAACUCUCAGUUAAAGGUGAUAUAUCAGCAAUAUGACUGGAGCUUGAACUGCUAGUGUUAGUUUUACUCCUAGUUUUCUUACACAAUACCUAGUAAUUCAAAUACCUUCCAUAAUUUUGGAAACGUUAGCAUGUAAUGCUUGCAAUUUGUUUCAUGUUAUCAUUCCAUUUAUCUAUCAUACCUCCCACCUGAAGGCAUUGUAGUCUUUGUUGGAACAAUAUGGUGGCACUUGCUUGAUGGUGGAUCGUUUUGUAAGCACGAGAAAACUUGUUCAUGGGACUUUAUGAUCUUUUAUACCAUGUAGUGCUUAAACA